CUCACACUCAGCAAUUCUAAUAACGUUUUCUGCUUUCUUAAAGGCUUUGGCGUUAUUAUUUGCAAGCAGCACUGUACAGCAGUCGUGAGUCUUGAUGCGCAUCUCCGCAAAUAUCAUGCUGCAUCUGCUGCGCUACGGCGACAGAUACUUGAGUGCUUCACUCAAUUUGAGACCGUCGCUCUAAGCGCGAUUGAGCUCCCAGAAGAGCCCGCGCAGCCAAUAGAAGAGCUAGGAAAGCCGCUUGAUGGUGCGCA